AUGCAAUCCGUCACAUUCAACCCUAACCCAUUCCUCCUGUUCAAUAUGAAGCACUUUCGCAAAGGCUCUCCCCCAAGAUACCUCUUCCGGGUACACGCUCCCCUCUCAGCAGGAGAGAGCAGCGCAAAUGCUGUCCGGUCCCCUGCAGCAUUGUACGCUCAUCCUGAGCAAAUGAAUGAUCUAUUUGCCCUUGCCCCCUCUGAUGCAGCAAAAUUGCUUAAAGAUCACCUGCAUUGGAAGUGUAACGACAGUUGCAAUCUGAUGAGCUGGACUACCUCUGUGCUCUUUGCACUGCAGCACGGCCUUCGUCGCCAUCGAACAGAUAGGCUUUGCCCUGCAUUCGCGGAUAUUUUCUUACUCAUGAUUGAUACACGGGACUUUCAAGAAGGAACCUUCAUCAAGGAUUUGGAGGUGGUUACCGCUCUGGAUACUCACGACAGAUAUUGGGAUGAUUAUCUAACUCUCCGGAGCACCGAUUAUUUCGGAGAGUAUCUCUCCCAAGGCGCGUUGGAUAUCCAGGGGAAAUGUGUGCAGGUCAGCUUUCAGACGCUGAUUGAUUUGGGACUCUUUGCCCUGUUUCCUCCGCUUGCUGUUGAGGCCGAAUGGGAGAAGUUGGCGAGGAGGGUGGUGGAGCUCCGACAGCCACUUCACAGACGAGAGAUUUGUAUAACUACCCCCGGUGAAGUGAGAACGGCUGUUCAGCUUGCGAGAGAUGGCUUUGGAGGUCGCUGGACCUUUCCUGUUGCUGCCAUGUUGCUUGCUUUGAAGCCUCGUGCGAACAAUGACCAGGUCAUUAUUGAAGGAUUCGAGGCAGAGUUCUCAGGUAAGGUGAAGCUGAGUAUUGUGGAACAUGCUAAUGAGAGCAGAAAAUGA